AUGGCGACGACGGUGCUUGACCUCUCGAAGUUUAUCAGAGACGAUAAUGAUGAUGAUGAAGUAUGGGUCACACACUAUUCAUCAAACCAGCAAAUACUUCUCGUCGGUGAAGGAGAUUUCUCAUUCUCCUGCUGCUUAGCCACUCGCUUCGGCUCUGCUUCCAAUAUCUGCGCUUCCUCUCUCGAUUCAUACGAUGAUGUGGUUAGGAAGUACAAGAAGGCAAGAUCAAACCUUGAAACUUUGAAGAGGCUUGGAGCAAUCCUUUUACAUGGAGUUGAUGCGACCAAACUGCAAUUCCAUCGUCAUCUUCAUUUCAGAAGAUUUGACCGAGUCAUCUUCAACUUCCCGCACGCCGGUUUCCACAGCAAAGAGUCCGAUCCCUGUCAAAUACAGAAGCAUAGGAAACUAGUGUUUGGAUUUUUCCAUGGUGCAAGCCAUAUGCUAAGGGCUAAUGGCCAAAUACAUGUCUCUCACAAGAACAAUGCACCUUUUUGUCACUGGGAGCUCGAAGAACUCGCUAGCAGAUGCUCUCUUGCGUUGAUUCAUUGUGUGGCAUUCGACAAGUGCAAUUACCCUGGUUAUGAGAAUAAGAGAGGAGAUGGAUCCAGAUGUGACCAACCUUUCCCUUUGGGAGAGUGCAGUACUUUCAAGUUCAGAGUCUCUAGCGUGGCUAAGGAGCUUUAUGCAGAGAAGGUGAAAUGGAGACGAGCAAAGGAACGAGAAUCAAAGUUUCCCCAAGCCUCAUCUGAUCCUUUGUAUCCCCUCCAUACACAAUUUCAAGGUGUUAGCCAAAGACCUGUUUCAUUGGAUGUCAGCUAUCACCACCAGGACCAUAAUAAGCUUAGGCAACUCCAAGAUCCUUAUGAAGAUGCUAGCUUUAUUCAAAGAUCAGCGUCGUUUGCUCUGGAAAGAAACCAUGCCCGGUUUCAGGACACUCUCAGAUACACUGAAAGAAGCAGCUUCCAAUAUCAUGACUUUCCUUUUCUAAUUAGACGAGCUUUCUUCAUCCGUACAAUGGAGAAUCACCAGAAAGACAACGCCUGCUUCGUCAAGACUUUCCGGUUCAAGCUAGUCAAGAACCGUACUUUGAACGCUCUUACCGCUUCAAUGAAGUUUAUAACUGGGAUGGACGAAGGAUGUUAACACGUACCAGCACAAGAACAAAGCUUGACUAGGCAGAGCGACCUCAACAUUUACACUCCACAACACUGGUAAAAAUCAUUAUUCUCUGUGUAUAUUAUGAAAUCGAAAGCUAAGUCGAUAUGAAAAGUUUUCCAGGUGAGUGAUCUUCAAAGAAGUUGUCAUGAUAACUUUGAUGGAAACAAGGUGACUGAAGCUUGGACUUGGUAACAAAUCUUUAAGAAUUGCAGUUGGCUAACUAUAUUUUGACAGCUAAAAACCACGAUGAUCUCAGUUAUGUAGAUGAUAAUUAAGGGUAAUUUUUUGUGUAUGUAUUUAGUUUUUGGAGAAUGUGCGUGGUAGAAGUGGU